AUGGUCAAUCUCUCCAUCCUCGUUUCUUCGCUCUGCUUGGCUUCGUCAGCUGUAGCAGCGGCCCUCCCUGCAUCUGCUCCGAAGACAUGUAAGAAUCCUAUUCAUCGCAAAGAAUGGAAACAACUCUCUAUCCCACAGAAGAGAGCAUACAUUGAUGCAGUCCUCUGCCUAGCAUCGAAGCCGGCCAUCUCCGGCAUUAAGGGAGCUGUGAAUCGUUUUGACGACUUCCAAGCCGUGCACAGCAGUCAAACACCCGACAUCCACUGGGUCGGUCAUUUUACACUUUGGCACCGCUACUUCGUCUACACCUACGAGAAGGCUCUCCGGGAAGAAUGCGGCUACACUGGCGCCCAGCCCUACUGGGACUGGUCAGCGGACGCUGAACCCCAAAAUCCCACCUCAACACGCAUCUUCGACUCUGAAAUCUGGCAACCAGACACCGGAUUCGGUGGCAACGGUAACAAGGUCGAUCCCACCCCGGAGACUAACCCCUUCGGUAUCGUCGGCGGAACAGGAGGUGGUUGUGUUCAGAACGGUCCUUUCACACCAGACAAGUUCAUGGUCAACUUCCCUACUCCUCACUGUCUCAAGCGCGAUUUCGUCCCUACUCUAAUCAACGUCUGGGCUGACCAAAAGCUCGUCAAUAACGUCCUUGCUCAGAAAGACUACACUGGCUUUGCCAAGGCGGUCGAAGGCGAAGCCACCUUCGAAGUCCCGAACAUCCACGGCAGUGGCCACUUUGGUGUCGGAGGUGCUCUGGGACAGGCUGGUGAUGCGAACAACAGCCCCGGUGAACCAGUAUUCUAUCUACACCACGGCAACAUCGACCACAUCUUUUGGAUGUGGCAACAGAAGGAUCUGAAGACCCGCCUUCACCAGGUCGGUGGCCCAGUUAUUCCUUUCGACUACAGUGGCAAGAACGUUACUCUGGAUUUUGAGGUUGGUCUGGGUAAGCUGGCUCCGACUGUUCAGCUUAGGGAUUUGUUGGACACUCAGGGAAAGAUCCUGUGCUACACUUAUUAG